AUGGAAAUGAUGGCCUGUGCUUCCUCUGAUAUUCCUCAUUAUGAACACUGUUUGAAUGGAGUCAGAAAUAAUUCCAUCAAGAGAAAACGAACUGCUGAGGAUGAGACAGACAGCUGGACCAGUAACAAUACCCCACUGUCUCAUUUCAGAGGCAGGAAGUUUAUUCCCCUGAAAGGUGGUUCUGCAGUUUUCCAUUCAGAGGAUGUGAAGAACAAAGAAGAGACCCUGUAUCUACCGCUACAAGAUGAUAUCCUACUUAACACAAACUCCAUGGAACAAAUCAGUUUUAAUCAGGGUUCAUAUUUCAUAGGAGAUGAGAUGGGGACUUAUGUUAAGUCAGAAAAUGGGUACGUGGUCAAUUUGUGGCGAUACGAUGGUGAUCAACGGCGGCUAUACAUUGCAAGAUCCUUAUUAUUUACGAAUUUACAGACGUUCAUAGAAAUAAAGACUGUUCUAGAAAACAUUUAAUAUAUACGGUUCAAAUUUAGGAAUACUUCAUAAGCAAAAAUGAUUUGAAACCACAAUUCAAGUAUAGUUUUACUUAGUGAUUAUCAUAUUACUGUAUUUGCUCUAUUAGAAGCAGCACAUAUAAACCAAAAAUUGUGUGUUGUAUACUGAAUAAUUAUAAUAAUUAUAAUUAUUUUCUCCCAUAGAAACCAUAGAGCCUCUAAAAGAUAUAGGUCUAUGUAGAAACACACUGUAAUACAAUCUAAUUAAGCAAAUACAGUUACAUGUACAUACUGUAUAACCAUUUAUUUUCAUACUACUUUGAUAUUUUGAGCAUACUCAUUAGUUUUGCCAGUGAACUAAUGAGUUCUAUUGUUAUUUUAACAUGUUCACAUGGAUUGAUUCUACCGGUAGUGAAUUUAGUGAAAAUAGCAAAAUUAAAAAACAAGUGAAUUGUUAAUACA